AUAAGUUGGUUGAGCGUAACUGACAGAACAGCUGAUCAUACAAAUAGAUAAUUUGAUAUAUUAACCAAACCCUAAUGUCACCACUAGACUGAGCAAACAUGCGUAAUACAACGUUAUCUAACGAGAAUAUUAGGUGAAAAAUGAAGACUCUGAUGGUGUUUGAUUUUGACCACACUGUGGUCGAUGACAACAGUGACACUUGGGUGAUUAGAUGCCUUCCAGAUCAGACUCUACCUGACUCUGUGAAGAAUUCCUACCAAAAAGGCCACUGGACUGAGUUCAUGGGCAGAGUGAUGAACUACAUAGGAGACCAGGAGGUCAGCCCUGACAGGGUCCGCAGUGUGAUGGAGACCAUCCCCUUCACAGCUGGAAUGACAGACUUGCUGGCAUUCAUAUCAGAGCAUAAAAGCACCAUCGACUGCAUCGUCAUCUCUGACUCCAACACCAUGUUCAUAGACUGGAUCCUCCACUCAUCUGGACUCCAGGCAGCCGUCGAUCGGGUUUUCACCAACCCGGCCAAGUUCAAUCAGCUCGGGUACAUGGAGGUGCAGUGCUACCACUCUCACGACUGCGAUCGAUGCCCCGUCAACCUCUGUAAGAAAAAAGUCCUGAAGCUGUAUCUGUCGCAGCAGUCCGAUGGAGGUGUGGAGUAUGAGCGGAUAUUUUACGUGGGCGACGGUGGGAAUGAUCUCUGCCCCGCUUACUGUCUGAGAGGGCACGAUGUUGUGAUGCCCAGAAAGGGGUACACCCUGGAGAAACUGCUGGCUAAGCCGGAAGGUCAGGAAGAUAACGCUUCUCUAAGAGCUAAAGUCAUUGCCUGGAGCAGUGGCACUGACAUCCUCGAGGAACUGAAAGCAAAUAUUUAGUAGUAAGCAGGGCCAUGGAGUACAAUACUUGAUCGACUUCUCAUUUGUAACUGAAAUAUUGCAUUCAUGGCAAAUAUUGAGUCUGCACUGUGGAGGGCACAUGCUGCUGCCUGUAAUUGUUUUAAAAUAUAUUCACAUUAUCAAUUUUAAAGUAACAUUGUUUGAUAAAAAAUAUAUUUGUAAAAAUAUUUUCAUUUAGUUAUAAAUCUUUGAAAAUUGAUUAUUUGUCUGCAGGAAAUUGUCUCUUCUUUAAAAACAGUAACAACCCCCACUAAACAAGGUUGGACUCUCAGUUAUAAUCAAAGGUUUGUGUUUUAUUUGGAGGUGGGGAGGAAUGGAGGCAUCUGAGCCCAUUUACAUUACAAAUACAUUCCAAAAAACAAUGUUUACACGUGCAGGUUGGACACUGGAUCAUAACUGAGUCAAGGUUAUAUUUAGUAUAGUGUUCAAGAUCUUAAUUAUUAUCCGGGGCCUGAUCCAGGGAGCAGGGGAGUACUCCGGAAAGGAGGACUAGCAAGUUGGACUUUACACAGCAAGAACAGGUUUUACAGAAAAGCCCCUGUUCGAGACAGCAGGUUGACUGGAAAGACAGUAUGUAUUAUAAUGGCAGCUGGUGCCCUUCUUUUUUUUAAUUAAAAGAAUAGUUUUGUGUUUUGGGAAAUAUGCUUAUUUGCUUUCUUGCUAAGAGUUAGAUGAGAAGAUUGAUACCGCUCUCACUUCUACACUAAAUGUAAAGCUGCAGCCAGCAGCCAAUUAGCUUAGCUUAGCAUUAAGACUGGAAGCAGGGGGAAACAGCUAGCUGUUCUGUUCAAAGGUUAAAAAACAAACAAACCGCCUAACAGCACCUGUUAUGUCUUCUUUUUCUUCUUUGUUUAAUCCAAACAAAUUCGAUAUAAUGAGUUCCCAGUGAGCCGUGACAGUGUGACAGCAUGCACAGGACCAGGACCCUGAAACUCAAGCAGCCAAAUGGAAUUCAGUUUUACACCUGUGCUUUUCCUACCGUGAUGCGUCAAAAUGUCUUCAGGCAAAAAGGCGUAUUGUAGUAUAGAUACAAAAAUAUAAUUUUAGAUCAGGGCUGUAGCCACCAUUUUUAAUGUAACACAUUAACUUACCUCAGUUGCCCUAGGCUAAAUAAGAUUAAAGAAAUUAAACACUAUUUCUGCCGUUGAAACGUUUUUCUAGUUUCUAGAAAAUGCAAAAAGUUUUUUAAUGUUACCUAACCUUACAAAAGAAAGUAUAACAUCACUUCUAGGAAAAAAUAACGUGUAUCCAUUGCUACAACCCUUGAUUUCAAGAUCAUACAGUAGGAGAACACACAGAUAACUGAGCUAAUUACGUAUUACCCGUUACCUGUGGAUUUACCCAUGGAUUUAUUUAUUAUAUUUUUGUUCUUUAUACAAUGUAUCUCAUAUGUGCUGCUCUGUGGCUGUGAACAUGUCUGCCCUUCAGUGAUUUUAACUGUUUUAUAUCUCAGGUCUGUGGUUUAUAGUCAAACAUGUGAAGCUAUCUUGAUUUGGAUCAUGUUAACGCUGAGAUGGCUGUAUUGAAUGGCAUAAACCUCAACUAUUUGUUAAAGCUAAAUGAACAGAAAGUCCAGGUCAGUGGCCCCCAGGUUUACUGAGUUAUGUGGAUAACUUACAUCCAUCCAUGCUUCAAAUGUUUGAGAAGGUAUUUAGUAAUAUUAUCCAGAUAACUAGGCAACUGUCUCAGAUAGUAUUGGGAUAAUCCAGGGAGUUUAUCCAGGUUUCUCGUAGCCAGUUGAUAUUACCUGAACAGAGUAAUGGGUUUCCAACUUCAUGUUUAUGGAACCACAUGCAUCGGGGGAUUGUCAUGUCAUGUCAAGAGGCAACAUGUGAAAUAAUAUUUGUUUGUUCUUGUAAUUCUAAUGAUGCAAUUAAAACCAGAAACCUCUUGUA